GGAUGGUUUCUGGUGAAAGGCAAGCAACACGUAUACGCGGCUUAUACUUGAAGAACAUACUAAGACAGGAUAUUGCAUUUUUUGACAAUGAAACGACAACAGGGCAAGUCAUUGGAAGAAUGUCUGGAGAUACGAUUCUGAUUCAGGAAGCCAUUGGUGAAAAGGUUGGGAGGUGCAUUCAGCUCGUUUCAACCUUCUUUGGUGGCUUCAUUGUAGCAUUUGCAAGAGGAUGGCUUCUGACACUCGUCAUGCUGUCAAGUAUUCCUCUUAUUAUCGCUUCUGGAGCAGUGUUGUCAUUAAUCAUAUCAAAACUAUCAAGCCGUGGACAAAAGGCCUAUGCUGAAGCUGGAACUGUAGUUGAACAAACUGUCAGCUCAAUUAGAACAGUUGUUUCCUUCACUGGAGAGAAACAGGCCAUUGAAAAUUACACUAGAUUAGUUAAACGUGCAUACAAAUCUGCUGUUCAAGAAGGGAUUGCUUCAGGCCUUGGAGUUGGUUGUGUUCUAUUAAUUCUCUUCGGUAGCUAUGCUUUAGCUAUAUGGUUCGGUUCCAAGCUGAUCGUAAAGAAAGGAUAUACCGGAGGAUCAGUUAUCAAUGUCAUGACGGCUGUGAUGACUGGUGGAAUGUCCCUUGGUCAGGCAUCCCCAUGCAUAGCCGCAUUUGCAUCAGGACAAGCCGCAGCAUAUAAGAUGUUUGAAACAAUCAACCGCAAGCCAAGUAUUGAUGCUAAUGAGAUGAAUGGGCUUGUGUUGGAGGACGUCAAGGGUGAUAUCGAGCUGAAAGAUAUUUACUUCAGCUACCCAGCAAGGCCUGAUCAUUUGAUAUUUGACGGGUUCUCAUUGUAUAUUCCUAGCGGCACAACCAUGGCUCUAGUUGGGGAGAGUGGCAGCGGAAAAUCAACUGUGGUUAGCUUGGUUGAGAGAUUUUAUGAUCCACAGUCUGGAGAAGUGUUAAUUGAUGGUGUGAACCUCAAGAGCCUGAGGCUUAAAUGGAUAAGAAAGAAAAUUGGACUUGUUAGUCAAGAGCCUAUAUUAUUUACCACCACUAUCAGAGAAAAUAUUGCAUAUGGAAAGGAAGAUGCAACGAACGAAGAAAUUCGGAGAGCUAUGGAGCUUGCUAAUGCCUCAAAAUUCAUUGACAAAAUGCCCAAUGGGCUAGACACAAUGGUCGGUGAGCAUGGAACACAACUAUCCGGUGGACAAAAACAAAGGAUUGCAAUUGCAAGAGCUAUUCUGAAGAACCCUAAGAUUUUACUGCUCGAUGAAGCAACAAGUGCACUGGAUGCAGAGUCUGAAAGAAUAGUUCAAGAUGCAUUGCUUAGGAUCAUGGUAGACAGGACCACGAUUGUUGUUGCUCACCGUUUAAGUACUGUGAAGAAUGCUGAUUCUAUAUCAGUUGUCCACCGGGGUAAACUCAUCGAGCAAGGUUCUCACUCGGAACUGAUCAAGGACCUUGAUGGUGCUUAUUCUCAACUCGUACGCCUACAAGAGAUUAACAAUGAAUCUGAAGAAGUACCAUCAUCUGAACCAGAAAAGUCCGCUUCAAUCUUUCAUUCUACAAAAUCUUUUGGCAGAUACAACAGCCAAAGGGCAUCCUUUAAAAGAUCUACCAGUAAAGGCUCUUCACCCAGUAGAAGCGGUCGGCGUUCUUUUACGCUCUCUUUUCAAUUGCCUGGUUCCUUCUCAAUCCAAGAUGAAAGCCAUGAAUAUGAACAAAAAGAUCUUGAAUCUAAGCAGGAGGCUCGCAAGAGUGUUUCUAUGACAAGACUACUCUCCCUUAACAAGCCAGAGAUUCCAAUUCUUCUACUCGGAGUGCUUGCUGCUGCUGUACAUGGAGUGAUCUUUCCAGUGUUUGGAAUAUUGAUGUCAAGUGCCAUUAAAUCAUUCUUUAAACCCCCGAACGAGCUUUUGAAAGAUGCUCAGUUUUGGGCGCUGUUGUACUUUGUUCUCGGAAUCAUCUCUCUAUUUUCAGUGCCUUUUCAGCACUUAUUCUUCGGAAUGGCAGGUGGCAGGCUAGUAAAACGCAUCCGUACCUUAUCGUUUGCAAGGAUGGUGCACCAGGAGAUCAGUUGGUUUGAUGAACCCUCAAAUUCUAGUGGAGCAAUUGGGGCAAGGCUAUCAUCAGAUGCUAUAGCAGUGAAAAGCUUGGUAGGAGAUUUGGUGUCAUUAUGGGUUCAAAACAUAGCCACAUUUACAUCAGGGCUAUUAAUCGCCAUGAUUGCUAAUUGGAAACUGUCACUUAUAAUCUUAGUACUGUUGCCUUUCGUGGGUUCACAAGGAUUUAUUCAGAUGAUGUCAAUGAAGGGAUUUAGUGGAGAUGCAAAGGUGAUGUAUGAAGAGGCGAGCCAGGUGGCCAGUGAUGCAGUUAGUAGCAUUCGCACAGUUGCUUCUUUUUGUGCAGAGCAGAAAGUUAUUGCUGCUUACACAAAGAAAUGUGAAGGCCCAAUGAACCAUGGAGUUCGACAAGGACUAAUAAAUGGUGGAUGUUUUGGUUUAUCAAAUUGUUGUCUCUUCUGUGCAUAUGCUCUAUGUUUCUAUGUUGGAGCUCAUUUCAUACAUAAUGGUUCUGCAACUUUUGGUGAUGUUUUUAAGGUAUUCUAUGCUUUAACCAUGGCAGCGAUUGGAAUUUCACAGUCAAGUGCAUUCGGUCCAGACAUCAAUAAAGCUAUGGACUCAACUGCUUCAAUUUUUGCACUUAUCGAUCGUAAAUCUAAGAUUGAUUCAAGCAUUGAUGAGGGAACAGUGUUCGCGCAUGUGAGAGGAGAAAUUGAAUUCAAGCAUGUCAGCUUCAAAUAUCCAAGCCGUCCUACCGUGCAGAUUUUCAGGGACUUGAUCUUGAGCAUUCCAUCUGGCAAGGUACACUUGUGUCGUUCCCCAUGAUAAUGCACUCGAUUAGUUGAUUGAAAUUAACUGAUUCCUUCGGAAAAAAUCUAUUCACACCAAAAUAAACAAAGUUCUCACAAUUUCUUUUAGUCCAGAGAUCGUUUAUAUUGUCUCUAAUCUACUAAAUAGAGUGUAAAUCUCUUAUUGAGGAUAUUACAAUUGUAUGUCACGUUGGUCUCAUCAGUCUACCCUUACUUGUAAGAAGAGACUAGCUUUUUAUUUUGUUACUAAAUAACCAUAAAAAACUGGUCUACCUUGGAAAAUUCAUCUGGCAUGCUA